AUGCUUCCCGAAGACCUUAAGCAUCAGAUCCGGAAGAUCCGGGGUACCGAAAUUACACAUGCCGACAUUCAGGCUCUUCUUCCUUCUGAAAGCCAGAGAAAGAUCACUGGUACAAGUAUCAACGCAUACGGCGCAUGCACGGAAGACAUGCAUGAAGACAGAGAUUUCUGUAUAUUUAAUUCAUGGAUCGCGCCAAUCGCAUCUGGCCAAGUAAAACCAGGGACUACCUAUGGCACAAUUCAUGGUCACGUACAUGCGUCUCAACUCAAUGCAUCUGACGACGACGACGAAAAUUUCUCGGAUGGUACCAACCUUCCACUGUUCUCACGUACUCUCAAGACAUUCGAGCUCCACACUCAUGCACCUAUACAGCAACUCAUUUACCACCUCAAUGGAAAUCCAUUCGCACAGCAGCUCCACAAUCAUCUCACCUUGACCGCUGAGGCAGGUGCUCGCUGGGCAACUCUCUCUCGACCAUCCGUCAAACGUGUUAUUCUAAAAUUGCCACCUACCAUCAAGAUUCCGGUGAGGGGGGCACGAGGGAUCAAGAAUUAGUGAUUGAUAUAUUCUAGUAAACUUAUUAUAUGUUAUUGAAAUACUAUGUUCCUCUACGGUCGCCGCCGUUGUCAACAGUGAGCAGCGUGUCACCAUCU